GCCCGGGCGGGUCGGUCGGUGUUGUUUUUGACGGCGUCACGGGCGGCUGCAGCCGGCGGCCCCUCGUCUGUGCCGGGCCCCGUCCGGGGCCGCGCUCAGUGUGCUUUGAAAAUGUCUGAAAAUUCCAGUGACAGUGAUUCAUCUUGUGGCUGGACCGUCAUCAAUCAUGAGGGUUCUGACAUAGAGACAGUGACUUCAGAAAACGGAAGCACAAAUGGUAACCCUGAGUUUGUUUCAGAAGAGUAUGUUUCUUUGCAAGAAGAGGAGCAACCAAUUGAUUUGCAAGCUCAGUGCAACAGUGAUGGAGACAUACCAGAGGUAGACAGUACUCUCUCUGCUUUUGAGGAAGCACAGACAGUUCCAGAGGGAAAGAAAGAAAAAAUCCCUGAUGAUGGGUCCUGUAUUGGAACUAUUAGUGAUGAUUCUGACAUUGUUACUCUUGAAGCUCCAAAACCAGAGGAAACUCAAAAUCAGGAGGAACCUCCAGCUGAUGGUGAAGAAGCUCCAAGUUCAGAGGAUUUUAACAUGGGUUCCUCUUCUAGCAGUCAAUAUGCAUUUUCCCAUGUAGAAACUGUCAGUUGGCUGGAGAAGCUGAGGAAGAUUCCUGAUUGUGUAAGGGGAUGGGGAAAUGAGGUGAAAGAGCAUGUCUCUCGCAGUCUUCCUUUCCAAGUUUUUUCAUCUCAGGCUAGCAAUGAUGAAUCAAGUAGUGAUGAAACCAGCAGUCAGUCCAGUCCUACAGUACGAAAACGUCGGGCUAAGAAGAGGGUGACGUCUGGCUCCGAGGCUGAGGGUGGGUCACCUGCUGAGCCGGAGUCGGAACCGCCCCGAGAAGAGCAGCUCAAGCGCCAGUUCAGCAGUGGCCUUAACAGAUGCAUCAUACUGGCUUUGGUGAUUGCAAUCAGCAUGGGCUUUGGCCAUUUCUAUGGUACAAUACAGAUCCAGAAACGUCAGCAGCUGGUGACAAAGACACGUGAAUUAAAGGAUAUGAAAGAUGACCUUUACCAGUGCCAACAAGAGCAAGGAGAUAAAGUGCAACAUAAAGUGGGGUCACUCAAGGGGGAUCUUGCCACGUGUCUGACCUCUACUGAAGUGGUGAAGAAAUCCUUUGAAUCUCAAAAAAAAAGUCUUACUGCAGAAAAUCAGCACUUAAGAGAAUCUCUAGAGAAGGAAGAAAAAGCUUUGGCCUCACUUCAGGAAGAAUUAAGGAAGCUAAGACAACAAAUUAGAAACUUAGAAGAUAAAGGUACUAGCACUGAGUCUAUUGUAAUGGAAAAUCAGAAACUAAGAGAACAUUUGGAAGAGGAAAAACAAAGAAACCACAACUUUCUUAGGCAAAAGGAAACACUCUUUGCAGAGGCACAGAUGUUAAGGAGAGAACUGGACAAAGAACGUCAUGUCACAGAAGCUCUCAAAAAAGAACUAGAACAAUUAAGUUCUCAUCAAACAUCUGACAGUGCUGCUGAUGAUGAUACGUUAAGAGAGAACGAAGAAAUAGAAACUCUGCGAGGAAGACUAGUAGAGCUAGAAAAAAAGCUAAACUUUGAGCAGCAGCGUUCUGACUUAUGGGAGAAGCUGUAUGUUGAAGCAAAAGACCAAAGUGAAAAACAAGAAAUAAAUGAAAAGGGACAAAAAAAGGGCACCAAAGGGCAAAGUAGGACUAAAAAGAAAUCAAAGGAAUCAUUUUUUGGUUCAGUUAAAGAAACUUUUGAUGCUAUGAAAAAUUCCACGAAAGAGUUUGUAAGACACCAUAAAGAGAAGAUUAAGCAGGCUAAGGAAGCAGUGAAAGAAAACCUGAAAAAAUUUUCUGAUUCUGUAAAGUCUACAUUCAGACACUUCAAAGAUACCACAAAAAACAUUUUUGAUGAAAAGGAGAAGGCAAAUGACAAAAGACAUGAGGCGAACAAGAAAGCUCGAACCUUUUACCGAGAACAUAACUCUUACGAGAAUCUGAAGCACAUGCAUUACAGGGGACCUCACACGGGAAAAGAAUUCAGAGAUGGAAGAAAACCUCAGUUUACAACAUUUGAAAAAGAUACAGAUUCACAGAAAUGCCUCAAUGACCCUUCGUGUAAUAGAAAACAUCCGUUUGUCUUAAAGGGCUGCUCUGGUAUUUUUGAAUGUGCUCAUCAAGAAUUCAUUAGUCUCUUUAACAGAGUAUCAGAUCCUAUCAGGGUGGAUGAAUUUAAUCGGCUAAUGAGAAAGUAUUUGCAACAAGUUGUACAUAACUUUCAUCACUGGAGAGAAUUAGAAAAUUUCAUUGAUAAAUUUUUUCAUAAUGGAGUUUUUAUACAUGACCAGAUGCUGUUCACUGAUUUUGUUAAUGAUGUCAAGGAUUACCUGGAAGAUAUGAAGGAAUACCAAAAUAAUAAUGAAAAGGUUUUUGAGGAUUUGGACAAAUACAUCUACAGAUACUACUUUCAUUAUGAUAAUUCACCCCAGUAUGGACCCAGUCGACCUAAAAGGCCACCUUUCACACAAACUGAAAAUUCCAGACAUGAAAAACAAGCUCAGAAGUACCACCACCGUAAUAAAAGAGAAGGUAAAUGGCAUAAACAUGGUCGCACUAAUGGAAGACACAUGGCAAAUCUUGAAAUAGAACUAGGCCAGUUGCCCUUUGAUCCAAAAUAUUGAGUAAUUUAUGGUUAAUAUAAGAUUAGAAUUAAUAAUUCAUAUGCUCUCUGAAAACUAAUUGUUUUCCAACAAAGCAGCAAGAUACAAGUUCUUCCUCUGAUUUUAUUUUUACACAUUUUUACUAAAAGGCAGAAGGUCAAGCUUUCUAAUUUGCAUAUUCUGUACUGUUGCUUUAACUGUUCUUUGAAAGUGAUGAUAGUUUGGGUGCCAGCAGUAUUAUUGCAGAAACUGGGCAUGCAAUGACUUGUGUGUGAAAAAUAUGCUUAAUUGCAUUCCAUUAGUGUAGUUCAAGCUGGAGUCAGGCAUAAUGUACCAAUAAUUAAUUCCAGUGUUUGAUAUACUAACUUCAUCUCAGCCUUCAAAAAAUAGGUCUACAUUAUGGUAAUGUGUUUGUUAGUGUUUUGUAAUCUUAUACUUGCUUCUUGUCUUUGGGGGAGGUGGGGGGGUGGGUGUGUUCAAAAGCCUGUUGAAUUGUGAAGAAUUUGCUGUGCUGCAUUCUAAUCAGCUUGCUGAUUUGGGCACUUGAAAUGUCUUGCAUAUCUGCAUAUUGUAGAAGAAAAAUAAAGAGCCACUGUGGGUAAAAGUCUUUAUUUACAAAACAAACCUAGCAUAGGUGUACAGUUCUAUAAAAAUGGUCCAGUCUUGUCUAAUUUCUUAUUAAGUAGUUGUAUGGUAAUUUUUUUUUCUUCCUGAUAUUUUCUAGUGCUGUAAGAUAGGCCAACACCCCCACCCUGCCUUAGGGCCACUGAGGCUGCCCUCAGGAGAGGUUAGUUAGUGUGUUACACAGCCAGUGGCUGGCUAAUCAGACUUCCCCAUUCGACUUACCCGGUUUCAGACUCUCUACUAUCUCCUUUCUGCAGUAUAAGGUCUUCUAAGCAUAGUACUGCUAUGCAAAACUGAUCUCAUUAGGUCUUAAGUCUAGAAACUGAUCUUCAGGUUUGAUUAAUUUCAGGUUUUUCUCCUGUAGACAUAGAUGUGGCUUCCAACUCGUCCUUGAGGUAGAUGAGUGUGAAAGACGGUGGCUGUUUUCUCAAAGCCCCUUGAAGCUAGAAAUGAUGAUAUUUCCUGUAAGUGAACAUACAUUAGUUUCCACAGUCAGAAAGUGUAGUUGGGAGGAUCAGAACAGUUCCAAAGUCUUCUGAAAACUAUCAGUUCAACUGUCCCCUGGAAGCUUUAUCCUUUAUUCUAGGAAAGACUGCUAGAAAAAGAGGUACCUCUCCUGUUUGAUCCUGUCCGGAGUCGAUAUUCACCAGACACUCUUGUUUGAAUACAUGGACUUCAUAGCAGAACUGAGAGGAAAUGGCACUCUGCAGGCACUUUUGCUUGUCACUGUUGCUUACUUAAAAGUGUAUGGUUCCAGGGACAGACUGCGCAUUUGUUUUAAUACGGCUUAAGGUGAAUUUACUUUACGGCAUGUAGAAUUCACAGAGGCAUAAAUGAAUCCUAAGCAUGUAUGGCUGGAAUGGUAUCUAUACUGCGUUGUUGACUAGGGGGGUUCAACUUUCAGUUAAGCUGCGUUUAAAAAAGUUAUGGACAACACUUAAAAAAAUUCAGUUUGUGUCAUCAUGCAGUUACCAUACCUGUUCUAGCACAUUGAAGAAGAUCAAGUGACUGGGUAAUAAUGUGUCAUUGUAAAAUUCCUUAUUAAGCCACCCAAGAGGAUCAGAGUAAAACAGAUCUGCUUCAUCAGUGUAGCUCUCAUUUCCCAUUAGGUCUGGGGGACACUCAAGGAAUCUCAUUUUUAGAGGACAGUGAACAUGGCUAGGGAGAAAACCAAAACAAACACUUCAGGAUAAAUUGACUCCUAUCUAUGAUUUGUAAUGACUCAAUACUCAAAAGAUACCUCAGUCAAAACUAAAUUUUAAUAAUUCUGCCGCCUCCCCCUCCCCGUUAUGUUUUCUUCCCUUCUAUACUUCAUAUAAAAGCAAAAGUAGAACAAGUGGUUUUGGCUCCAAACUGCUGUGACUAUUUUGUUAGCAGUUCACAGAAAGCAGAUUUGUAUUAAUAAAAAUACCAUCAGCAUAACACCAGUUUCUUAAAAAGAUAAUUUUCUGUAUCAGUGUCACAGUUUAUAUCUGCUUUAAUGUUGUGUUUACUGGCCACAAUCUAUUGCAAACUUUCUGGAAUAGUGACUUCACUGUAUGUUUUAAUUACAUUUCUUUACUCUCUAGCAGCAUAAGUAAAGGUAAAAUUAAUCCCUUUUGACUGUAACAAUUACUUUUUCGUUUUGCUACAGAAGUUACCAUAAUGAAGAAUUAGUUUCAGAAGUCACAAGACUUCUUGCUGCAUAUCCUCAUACAAAACUGUUUUACAGAAAACUGAAUAAAGUUUAGAGGUUGAAUUUUA